AUGAGAGCUUUCCCUGUUGCUACUUCCUUAAUUGCAAGUAAUUGUUCGCCUUUGAUAUUUUUAGGAUUUUGUUCCGAAGUGUAUAGUUUUGGUGCAUAUAUUUUGCUAUGCGCUUUCAGUUAUAUUUUAGCGUUUUUGGUAAAUAGAUUCGUUUAUUUGCCAGUUUUAUACAAUUUGAAUAUUUCUACUUCUUAUGAAUAUUUAGAAAAAAGAUUUGAUAGAAGAUGUAGACGUUUGGCGUCUAUCAUUUUUAUUACUAGUAGCUUCUUCUUUCUUUCUAUGACGAUGUAUGCACCGGCUCUUGCCCUUUCUGCAGUUUCUGGUUUUAAGCUACAUUUUCUCACACUCUUCGUUACUAGUAUUUGCAUUUUUUACACCAGUAUUGGGGGCUUUAAAACUGUGAUUUGGACAGAUGUGCUUCAGUUUGUCGUAUUAGCGACCACUUUGGUAAUUGUUUUGGGACUAGGAAUAAAAUCGAAGGGUGGUUUAGUGGAGGUUUGGAAUAAGGCUAUCAAUAGUGGAAGACUAAAUAUUUUUCAAUUUGAUCUAAAUCCAACAAUUCAUGACAGUUUCUGGGCCAUAAUAAUUGGUUUCACAGUAAAUCUCAUUGCUAUUACUUGCGUUGACCAAAUUUAUGUGCAGAAGAUGCGGUCACUGCGCAGUUUUAAAGAGGCCACAAAAUCUUGGGAAAAUGGUCCCAGGUGUAUCUGGAAUUUUCAUUUCUUCAUUUUUUUCUUCAAGCUUAAGUGUUCAGUCAGCAAUGUUAAACUCGGUCGCUGCCUCGAUUUACUCUGAUGUAAUUAGUAAAUUUUUAGGGAACAUUUCAGAACGCAAAGCCGGUAAUAUUUUAAAACUCACUGUUCUUGGAGUAGGAAUCGUGUGUGCUCUUCUGGUUCUCGUAAUACACCAGACGGGCACAAUAUUUACU